GAGGACUGGAGCAGAGGAAGAGGAUGGGUUAUGUACUAGAGGCUGGUCUUUCCCCUGUCAGACACUGAGUACUGCGCGCAUGUGGAAGGGCUAUAGCAUGGCCACCGGCCCAGUGUAAUAUAUUGCAGGAUACCGCCGGCGUGUGCAGGACGAUGCAGCGGUGCCUGGGCCCGGCUGGCUGCAGAGUGCUGCUCUCCGUUGUCUCAGAUGGAGCACUUGUUAAUGUGCAGGCACGCAGGCUGUGCUCCUCUGCUGCUGGAUGUCGAGCGACCCCUAGUGGACAUGACACUGGGAUGCGAGUGUACAACAGCCUGACAAGGAGGAAGGAAGCCCUUAUACUGAGCAGACCGGCAUUAGCAACAUGGUAUAGCUGUGGGCCAACCGUUUAUGAUCAUGCCCAUCUAGGGCAUGCAUGUUCCUAUGUUCGAUUUGACAUAAUGCGCAGAAUUAUGACCCAAUUCUUCGGAAUAGAUGUUGUCAUGGUGAUGGUCAUAACAGACAUUGAUAAUAAGAUAAUCAAGAGAGCCAAUGAGCUUAACUUGUCUCCGGUGUCCCUGGCUCGUGCUUAUGAGCAGCAUUUUAAACAAGAUAUGAUGGCAUUGAAGGUUCUCCCUCCCACAACAUACAUGAGAGUUACUGAACAUAUUCCACAGAUUAUAUCUUUUAUAAUGCAGAUUAUUUCCAAUGGACAUGCCUAUACUACCUCACAAGGAAAUGUAUAUUUUGAUGUCCAGUCAGUUGGCGAAACAUAUGGGAAGUUUAUUGGUUCUUUCUCUGAUAUGGACACUGAACCAGCUGAAAGUGACAAGAGGUCCCCCAGAGAUUUUGCCUUGUGGAAGUCUGCUAAACCGGAAGAGCCUUUUUGGGUGUCUCCAUGGGGUAAAGGAAGGCCUGGUUGGCACAUUGAGUGCUCCACAAUAGCAAGUGCUGUAUUUGGUAGUCAGCUUGACAUUCAUACAGGUGGGAUUGAUCUGGCAUUCCCUCAUCAUGAAAAUGAAAUUGCUCAAUGCGAGGCCUAUCACCAGUGUGCGCAAUGGGGGAACUACUUUCUUCACACCGGGCAUUUACAUCUGAAAGGACAAGAAGAAAAAAUGUCAAAGUCUUUGAAAAACUACAUUACAGUGAAGGAGUUUUUGAAAUCUUUUUCCGCUGAGGAGUUCCGGAUGUUUUGUUUACGUUCUAAAUAUAGAUCAGCUGUGGCAUACAGUAAGGAUUCUAUAAAUGAAGCCUCAAGCAUUCUGAAAAUCAUCUCCUCUUUUAUUGAUGAUGCACAUGCCUAUCUAAAAGGUCAGCUCAUUUGCGAACCUAUACAGGAAGACAUACUUUGGCAAAGCCUAAAUGAAACAAAACUGAAUGUUAAGGCAGCAUUUGCAGAUGACUUUGAUACCCUGCGAGCUGUCGAUGCAGUUAUGGACCUCAUUCACCAUGGCAACCGACAGCUUAAGACUGUUUCCAAGGGUGUACAGCAUGCUCGGAGUCCUCUGAUUUAUGGUGCCAUUGUGUCUUAUGUGGAGCAGUUUCUGGAUCUACUGGGAAUUUCAUUGCUACAGAAACAGGUCACUGUAGAAGACAAAAGUUCUGCACUUCUCUCAAACUUGGCUGAAGAAAUUGUAGAUUUCAGAAGUAAAGUGCGUAACUUUGCCUUAGUAACAGACGAGACUAUGAAAGGGUUGGCCCGAGAGUCUGCCCUUUCUAAGGAAGAAAGCAAGGAGAAGAGGAGAGGGAUGAUGAAAGAAAGAGAGCCUCUCAUGCAUGCAUGUGACAUACUGCGCCAGAAUCUAGCUGGAUAUGGAAUUAAUAUUAAGGAGAAGUGAAUGGCGGAUCGGAUCUCUGGCAUCAUAUUUUCAUUGUUUCACAUUUCAAUCAUCAUCUCGGUGAUUCAGUUGAUACAUGAAUUAAAAAAAAUUGAUAGUCCCCAUAUGUAGUACAUUCAAAUAAACCUUGUGUGUUAUUAGUGAUUAGCAAAUGGGAUGAAGCUUGCAUACUGUGCUCACAUAACUAAGACGGAAAUGCCACAUAUAGGUAUCUUUAAAUCGAAUAAUAGGCUUAAAAGUUGAUUUCUUUUAGCAAGAAUCGUGUCUAGCUGUGAUGCUAGGAAUUCAUACCUUACUUACACUCUUAAGGUGUAAAACACGCAUUUAACAUUAUCUUUUAUUGAGGACAUCAAAGGGUGCGUACUGGUACUCACAGUGGGUGUAAUGUAUUGACUCCUAUCAUGGUUUCUUUGUGGUGCAGAUGAGGUUCCAGUCAAAUCUCAUAUAAAAAGAGCUUUAAUACUUCCUCUGUGCAGCAGGACCAGACUUCCAACUUCCAAUAUUUCCUCCUGGCCAAUGCAUUCCAGAGCUGGUCUCUCAUUAUCAAGGCAUCCACACCACUCCCACCCUCCUUUUCUGAAAUCUAUCUGGAUCUUGGGAUAGAUCCUUAGGUGUUGGCAAGAGGCUGCUUUUGUCCCCAUUGAAGCACCAAGGGUCUCCUGAUCCCCCACUUUCUACCAACUUCACGUAGGACCUGAUUCAUAGUUGUGCACUAUGUCGAUGUUUUCGCAAUUGAGCAAUUAUCAGCCAACCGCACAUGCACCUGAGCAGCACUGCGCAUGUUCCUACAAUAGUUUUGCGAAAGCUGGUAUGUAGAGAGGAUUUAUUUGCACACUGAUUGACAGGAAGGGACUCUAUUUUUUUUUUUAUUUUUUUUUA